AUGGAUCAUUCUACUCCAAAGGAAGAGAUCAUGAGAGCUGUCGAGUUUGCUCAAUUGCAAGCAAUUGCUGAAGGGAAUGGCUGGCACAAGUUUAUUUCGAUGCAAAACCACUAUAACUUGUUGUACCGUGAAGAAGAAAGGGAAGUGAUUCCAUUCUGUAAAGACAAUAUUUUUGGUGAAGUAGGACUUAUUCCUUGGUCUCCGAUUGCUAGACAUAAGUUCACCAGUCCAUAUAAUGCAGGUGGAUCGGAUAGAGAAAAUGUUGAUUCGUACUUUGACGAUCUUGCAGGUAUUCAAUGA